UUUUAUACCAAAAAUACAGCGCACAGCAGGGGACAUUCAAACUUUCUUGACAUUGGAAGUAGAAACUGUAAGAAUAGGCGGCACAAAGUGUACCAGAGAAGAAGCAAUGCGCCCAGCAACUUACAAAUCAAAUCUUCGGCCUCUUAUUUCGUGGUGUACCAAGAAGAACGUACUCGUUCAAUUGGUGAAAUAACCUAGCAAAACUGUGAGCGAUGCUCUACAUUUGAUGAUAUCUGUGAACUACCGGUAACACGAAGUGCAAUGUUACAGGAGCUCAUCAUUUACCAAUGGCACGCGUUCAUAAAACAAGGUUUAACACGUUGCACUUGGUUGCGAAGAAUGCCGCAUCAUUUGAUCUGUGGCAUUGCGACCUAGUCAAAUGCUCAAAAAUGGAAUUGAGUGCAAGAUAAAUGUGAUUUGUUGCUUUGAAUGCACCGUACCAAAAAGUGCCGCUUAGGUGAAUAAACGGUUAUUCACAUACCGGUUGUGCCCUCUUGACUUAUUUUUAUGAUUUUGCUGGUACGAUGAACGGGUUGGCCAGAGGCUGACCGUAAUAGAAACAUGAACAGUCGGAACAUACCGCUGGAUUGUAAGCAUGUGCUGUGAUGAGCACUGCUCUCAAAAAAUGUUCAUCAAUACGUGGUACCGUUAGGCGGGAUGUUUCACAGGCAUUGUGAGGUCUGCCGUGCUACAGACUAGGUGUAUUAUGCUUUCACCUCAGAAUCGAUUUUGCUCAUCGCCCAAAACAAAAAAAGGAACCUGUGCCAAUAACCAAGUAAAAUUUUUCAUCCCUCAGAUGGAUAAUAGCAGCGAUGAGGAACUCAUCGAUGAUCUGUACACCAACAAUUCAUCAGAAAACGAGCUUGAUGUUUUAAAGCGGGAGAGUUCUAUGAAUCAAGAACAAACGGAAGAAAUAAUACAGGAUUAUUACAGAAUUAAGGUCGAUGGGUAUGACAAAGCCAUGUAUGAUAUGCAAAAGUAUCCGUUUAUAAAGUUGUUUGCGGGUAUGAUAGAUGAUACGAGCAGUGCUAAUAUUUUGUAUUACCUGAGCACCGUCGAAUUUACCGAUGAAUUCAUGGAGAAGAUCGCACUCAUUUGCCGAAAAAAGAUUUUGGACGCUGAAAAGAUCCUUGCCAUUCUCAAAAAUGAAUCAUCAAGAUGAUUCGGUGCUGCACAACAUGCUAAAAGAAAAAGUGUGUUCUGACCGUCUCUGGUGGCGGACAUCAUCAUUGUUUGUGCGCUUUUUGCUCAAAAUGUAGGCUUCUAUAAUUUAAAUUACUUCCGAGCUGGAAUCAAGCAUUCAAAAAACCUCGUUACAACGAAGUAAUACGCAAAAAACGUAGAUAAAUGUGUUCUGUAAUCUAAAAUACGAUAAUAAAUACGUAAUGUCUUAUAUUACAGCAACAUAUCACUAUUUUAGUAUUUUGUAGUAUCCUAAACGGAUAAAAUACUUUUCUGAUUAUUUGUCACCUUUAUGAACCAAAAACUGGCAGUCAUGAUCGGUCCUAGCGAACCAGAAAGGUGUAUUUGUUUAGAGAAUGGAGUAUGAAACAGUGAAUAAGUCGCUUUCAAUGAAAAUAUUGUUUCUUCUUCUCAAUACAGGAAGAGCAUGUUUUGUGAGAGCGGUGUAGAAAUGAAUAAACCCCUUUUAGUAAAAAUCUCUUUGAUGUGGUAAGUAA